UGGAAGGACGUCAGUCCACGUCAAUGCCGAUUGUUGAGUCGGUCUGGAUAUAUCAUUUGGCCCUCAUUCAGUGAUUACUCUAUGUGGCACAAAACUCAGGAAACAUGCAAGUAGAAACGGUACAAUUGAAUACCGGAGUCGACUAGACCCGCCUGGAUGUGUCUUACCAUCCUUUAGAAGAUGGAAAAUUGGGGAAAAGGCCCACGAGAAGGCAUUGAGAGGGAGUUACAGCAGAGGAAUGUGACCAUGAAGAGGACAAGGUCUGAUCAGUUCGCAGCGGUCGUUCUCGCCAUUUACGUCGUGUUCACCACUGAUUUACUUCUAACUGUGACUGUAGUUCACGGACAGGAUAGCAACACAGAAUGUAAGUGGUCACUUUUCGGUGAUGAGCAAAACCUGUACCGUCGAACCAGCCAAAUCGACUGGGGAAACACGCAGUGGGACAUUGUUCCCGUGGAAAUCUGCUGGGGAGGGGGGUGGAGGUGUUCCAUCGAUUCAGAAUGGUUCUUGGAGGACGGACGGUGGAAGAGUCUGUCGUCUCUGGAAACAUACAGAAAUUCUAAAGACGUCUUCAGGAUAUCCUACCAGGAUGUGACAAGGGGACGGUGUCGAAGAAAAAGAUUUGUCGAGUGGAAAGUCAACACUAGCGAUGCUACACUGACUGGACUGGUCAUCAAACUGAACAUUAUCUGCAAUCUUACCUUUAAUAUCUUUACGCACUCACACACGGACUGCCUGACACUACGGCCAGCAGGGAACGAACUAAACUCGACCAAUGCCACCAGUGUUGAAAGCAACACCAUAGGAGCUGAUGACUGUGGGUGGGGGUUCGUGGAUGAGAAACAAAGCCUGUACCGUCGGACCACACCCUUGCACUGGGGGGACACAGACUGGCCGACUACCAACGUGACAAAAAUCCAGAUCUCCCCAGAUUUCUGCGAUGCCUGGACAUGCUCUGUUCAAGAACAGUUCUUCAGCAGUAACGGACAGUGGCGGGCGCUAUCGUUUCUCGGACAGGAGGGUGUAUCGGACGAUAUUUUUCACUUGUUUUACAAGGAUAAACGCCACCUAGGGAACUGUAGCAGACAAUGGUUCGUUCAGUGGCAUUACACUGAAUACAUCGCCCAGUUACGGCCCCUGUUAUUCCAACUCGGAAUCACCUGCAGCUCAACAGGAAAACACACGGAGACAGAGUGCAUCACAUUUGAGACUGGCGAUGCUCGCAAUGUGCCUGACCCUUCAACAACAAGGUCCACUUUAAGCAGCAGAACUAGUCCCGCUGCCUCCACAACGUCAACACCUGCAACGUCCACGUUGAUGAACAUGUAA